AUGUCAUCAAGAUCAGAAAGAGCUUGUAUGUUAUGUGGUAUAAUCCAAACCUAUAAAAGAUUCUUUGAUAAUGGAUGUCCAAAUUGUGAACAAGUUUUACAUUAUCAAGAUAAUGAUGAUAAUCAAAUUCAAGAUUGUACCUCACCAUCAUUUGAAGGUUUAGUAGCAUUAGGUGAAGAUAAUAAACAAUCAUGGGUUGCUAGGUGGCUAAGAAUAGAUUCUUUCAAAUCAGGAUUGUAUGCAGUUAAGAUAAAUGGUAAGCUUCCUCCUCAUAUAGUAGAAGAUUUAACAUCUCAAGGUGUUCUUUAUAGACCAAGAGAUGGAAGUGCUGAAGAUUAG